UGGAGUGACUUUACCAGUUAGACCUGCUCUCUCUCUCUCUUACUCUCUCUCUGCCACCUGUGGAAGUAGUAGCAUGAAUCUGGAGAAGAGUCUUGUGUGUCAGCAGACUUAUUCUCAGUGGGAGGGUUGAAUGGAGAGCAGAGACUCCUCAGACAUCCUGUGUGUCUCUGUCUCUCUCUGUGUGUCUCUGCUGGACACUCAGCUCCCUGUAAUGAUGUCUGGUCGCAGGGUGGGCUUCUGUCUGAGCGAUAAGAAACGCAGGAGGAUGAACCUGGACGCUUUUGCAGACUUCUGUGCGGGCCGUGGAGUGGAAGUGGUGGAGAUUGACCUCACUCAGCCACUGGUGCCUCAGGGACCCUUCGAUGUCAUCGUCCACAAGCUGUCUGAUGUCAUCGUGGAGGCUGAGCACGAUAGCCAAUCGCAGCAGCUCCUCGCCAACUUCCAGAGCUACGUGUCAGCUCAUCCCAGUACAGUUCUUCUGGACCCCCUGCCCGCCAUGACCCAGCUACUAGACCGCUUCGCCUCUUAUCGGAUCAUGAGCGAACUGCACAAUUCACUCCGAGACUGGCGCGUCUGCAGUCCUCCGUUCUUAGAGAUCCACAGUGUCAGUGACCUGUCAUCCAUUCAACAGGCUUUGAUGAGCCAGUGCCUCAGCUUUCCUCUCAUUUGUAAAACCAGAGUGGCGCAUGGCUCACUUUCCCACGAGAUGUCUCUGAUCUUCAGUGCGGGGAGUCUGGCUGACAUCCAUCCUCCCUGUGUGCUCCAGAGCUUCGUCAGCCACGGAGCGGUUCUUCACAAGGUGUUCGUGGUAGGAGACCGACACUUCUGCGUAGAGAGGCCGUCACUCAAGAACUUCCCCUCCGGACCCUGUGUCUGUUGUCCUUUUCUGUUCUUACCUUUCCUUUCCUGCCUUGUCUUGUCCUGUCAUGUCUUGUCCUGCCGUGUCUUGCUUUGUCCUGUUAUGCUACCUUGUUUUUCUGUUCUGUGCUUCCAGACAGGAAGACCAUCUUCUUCAACAGCCAUCAUGUGUCCAAGCCGGAGUCAAACUCUGAUCUCACAGCACUGGACGAGCAAAUGCCGUGCCUGCCUCCUCCCAGCUCCAAGGCCGUGGCCGCCCUGGUCAGAGAGCUCCGAGUUCAGCUCGGCAUGGCCCUGUUUGGCGUGGAUGUCAUCAUCAACAUGCACACGCACACCCUCACCGUCAUCGACAUCAACAUCUUCCCAGGCUAUGAGGGAGUUCCCCAGUUUUUCUCCUCCCUGCUCAGCCACAUCGAGUCAGUGUUGGACAAACGGGCCUCCACAACAGGAGCUCCAUCUGCUGCAACAACCGACCUUUAACUCACCUCAGGAACACAUCGCGGACUGUACUGUGUUUCAUCAGCUUCCCAGGACGAAUGAAGUCGUUGGCAUUCACUGUUUUGUUGGGACCAAACUCAGCUGUUUCCAAGACUUUGGAACUUUAAAUCACACUAAUCAUUUUGUGCCGUUAAGUGGGUCGGAUCAUUUAUCGGUGACAAUAGAGUGCUGCAGGAAUGAGUCCUAAAACCCGGAAAUUAGUUAGCAGUUUAGCACAUCCGGUUCCCUCGUCUGGAAGUCAAUGGGUUUUUAGUUAGAUGCCUGA